AUGCGAGCUUCAUGGGCUGAUUUGGCUGCAAAUUCUGCAGCUGAAAAUGCAGGUCCCGGAUUUCCUGCUAACAGUGUGGGAACUGGUAGCACUCUAGCUCCUUCACGACCAGUUUAUGUUCCUCCCCAUCUUAGGAACCGCCAGCCAUCAGCAGAUGUCCCCGCACCAGCAUACAGUGGUCCUUCUUCUGGUUCUGUAGGCUCUAGUGCUGGUGCAGGAAAUGCUGGAUCCCGCUGGCCUGCACCCAGAAAUGAUUAUCGUUCUGGGUACGGUGGUGGUGGACGCCCAGGUGGUUGGGGAAAUAAAAGUGGUGGGUGGGAUCGUGGCAGGGAACGGGAAGUCAAUCCCUUUGAAGAAGAGAAUAAUGGUGAAGAGGCAUUUAGUGAGCAGGAGAAUACAGGAAUAAAUUUUGAUGCAUAUGAGGACAUUCCAGUGGAGACUAGUGGUGAAAAUGUACCUCCACCUGUGAAUACAUUUGCAGAGAUUGACCUGGGUGAAGCACUUAAUCAGAAUAUAAGAAGGUGCAAAUAUGUGAAGCCAACACCUGUUCAGCGGCAUGCCAUACCAAUAUCCCUAGCUGGACGGGAUUUGAUGGCUUGUGCACAGACUGGUUCUGGAAAGACAGCUGCAUUCUGUUUCCCGAUCAUCAGUGGAAUUAUGCGAGGCCAACCUGUCCAGAGGCCACCUCGUGGGGUGCGGACAGUGUAUCCUCUAGCGCUUGUUCUCUCUCCAACGAGGGAGUUAUCAAUGCAAAUACAUGAAGAGGCCAAGAAGUUUUCAUACCAAACUGGUGUUAGGGUGGUUGUUGCUUAUGGUGGAGCACCAAUAAACCAGCAGGUUGUUCAAACUCUGCGGGAUCUUGAACGAGGGGUGGACAUUCUUGUUGCAACUCCAGGAAGACUGGUAGAUUUGCUGGAGAGAGCUAGAGUUUCACUGCAGAUGAUUCGAUAUUUGGCCUUGGAUGAGGCAGAUCGGAUGCUGGAUAUGGGUUUUGAGCCACAAAUAAGGAAGAUUGUAGAGCAGAUGGACAUGCCUCCACCAGGUGUUAGACAGACUAUGUUGUUCAGUGCAACAUUUCCAAAAGAGAUACAGAGACUGGCUUCUGAUUUUCUUUCAAAAUAUAUUUUCCUGGCUGUUGGAAGAGUGGGUUCAAGUACCGAUUUAAUUGUCCAAAGAGUUGAGUAUGUUCAAGAGUCUGACAAGAGAAGUCACCUAAUGGACCUUCUUCAUGCACAGAGGGCAAAUGGUGUACAGGGAAAGCAAGCUUUGACUUUAGUUUUUGUGGAGACAAAGAAGGGAGCUGAUUCGCUGGAACACUGGUUGUGUCUUAAUGGUUUUCCUGCAACUACUAUUCAUGGGGACAGGUCGCAGCAGGAAAGAGAGUUAGCAUUGAGGUCAUUUAAAAGUGGCAACACCCCCAUAUUGGUUGCUACGGAUGUUGCUGCACGCGGUCUUGAUAUUCCCCAUGUUGCUCAUGUGGUCAACUUUGACCUGCCAAAUGAUAUUGAUGAUUAUGUACACCGAAUUGGAAGAACAGGGCGAGCUGGAAAGAAAGGCCUUGCAACUGCAUUCUUUAAUGAUAACAAUUCAUCACUAGCAAGAGCUUUAGCAGAUCUGAUGCAAGAAGCAAAUCAAGAAGUACCUGCUUGGCUCUCACGGUAUGCUGCUCGAUCUUUUGGUGGAGGGAGGAAUCGUCGAUCAGGUGGUCGGUUUGGUAGUCGUGACUUUCGAAGAGAGGGCUCCUUUAGUAGAGGUUCUUCAGAUUACUACAGUUCAGGAAACAGCAGUGGUGGAUAUGGAGGCUCUGGUGGGUAUUCUGGAGGGUAUGGUCCUGGCGUCACUAGUGCUUGGGACUGA